AUGGUUCGAGGUGAAGGGUCGUAUGCGGAAUUUGAAGACGUGGAAUGGAAGGCUUGUUCUCAUGUAGCUGUUGCUCGGAUGGAAGAAGAUGACGACACGGCAGUAUCCACAGAAGUCACAACUUGUGGUCCUCCACUCGCUUUGAAACUGAGUAUCCAUUGCCCUUUGCCUCACACUGGAACAGAAAGUGCCCUCUUUUUGAAUGGUCAAGAUGCGGCACUGAUCCGAGCCUCCUCCAUCCCAGAUGCAACUGGCCAGGUGGUACUACACAUGGCUAAUAGUCAAAAUGUCGAAUGGAAGGCUGGAUCUCUUGCAGCAGUUGCUCGGAUGGAAGAAGCUGGCGACGCUGUCGCAUCCACAGAAGUCAUGAAUUGUGGCCCGCCAAUUGCUCUGAAACUACUUCAAAAGGAUUCCUUUGCCAUUAUGAUGGACCAAGAGAGAUCCAAGGAAAAGGAAGUGGCAAUUCAAAGUCAUCCAACAAUACUCCGUGGCAUAUUGCGUAUCAUUGAUUGGUCCGAGCGGCGGUUCUAUAAAAAGGCCAAACUGCCAUCAAUUGACGGUCCAUCGGGAUUGACCUUGAAUGGCAAUGAACAAGAUAUUGUAUUGGAGGCUAGUAGUUCACCUGGUCUGGAAACUGUUCGCUUGACCUUUCCUACCAUCACUAUAUUUCACUAA